GGACAGGUGAGAGCGCAGGUACAUCAGGUGCUGGAAGUGCGGUCCGUAUACAUUCUCACCCGACCAGACAGAAAGCAGUAAGCCUAGGACGAUGAUCAAAGUCAUGUUGUCGUUUUUUUUGGUCCUGGUGGCCGUGUCCUCCACCUUUGGGAAAUACAUCCCCAAGACUGGCAAGCGGAUCCCUCAGACUCUGUCCAGAGGUUGGGGUGAUCAGCUGAUCUGGGCUCAGACGUAUGAGGAGGGUCUGUACUGGUCGAGGUCUAGGAACAAGCCUCUUAUGGUCAUCUUUCACCUUGAGGACUGCCCACACAGCCAGGCACUCAGGAAGAUUAUUUCUGAAGACAACGAGAUCCAGAGAACUCUCGACGAGGACUUCAUCGUCCUCAAUCUGGUGUACGAAACCACAGACAAACAUCUCUCUCCUGAUGGACAGUAUGUUCCCAGAAUCAUCUUUGUCGACCCCACAAUGACAGUGAGGGCAGACAUUACUGGUCCCUACUCCAACCGCAUGUAUGCCUACGAACCAAAUGACUCCAAACUCUUGGUUACCAACAUGAAGAAGGCGAAGAAGCUCCUGAAGUCUGAGCUGUAAGCAUGAGGACAAGACACACGCUCAACGUGUGAACCUGAUCCCGAGUUUAUCGCCCACCACAGGUGCCAGUAACAUCCUCUCAGAACAGUUUACACAAAGAAAACUACGCACUGGAAAGUUUCCGCUCUUCACCUUCAUUUGAUAUGUUUCCUGCUUUGAAGUCGGUUCCUGAUUCUCACCUUUGUUAUUAUUGCUGUACAUCCAGAGUGUCUUUUAAAUAAAUAUGGAAUUGUUCAUACAUUCAA